AUGAAACGCUCUUUACUAUUAGCUCUUUGGAGCACAGGGGUUUUGGGUAGUCCUUGCAAACCAUCCAAGCCUUCAGAAACCUCAAUUGCUGACGGUACACCAACCGAAAGCAAUCACAUCUCUUUGGGUCUUUCAUCUACAUAUCUAGACUCAACGAAAACGGGUCAAGAUAGUGAGCAUGAGACCUCAACAGGGACACCCUCCAAUGAGAGUGGCCAGAUCUCAGUGUACAUUCCUUUCUCUGAGUCUGACUUGAACUCUCAUAUACAAGACGCUGUUUCCAACACCCUCGAUCAUCCAGAGGGCUCUGUCACUGGCACAGGAUCUCUUCCGGAGCCUACUUCGGAGGGUGACAGUCUGCCAGGAACCAGCACUGGUGAUGUCAACUCUGAAAAGACCUCUGGAGGUGCGGGUAACUCCGGAUCUCCUUCCUCUCCUCAGAGUGAGGGAUCUUCACCAACCGGUAUCGUUGUCUCCCCCGGAGAGCAAUCCGGUACUGUUACCAACCCUGAGGCUUCUGGUACUGCUACAAGCCCUGAUGACUCUACAAACCCUUCCGGUACUGUUUCUGGUUCCCCUGAAGGAUCUUCUGGUCCAGCCAAUACCGAAGUUUCUGGCCAACCAACCGGGACUGUUGACGUACCAGGAGAGUCUGGAAACACAGAUGUCAACACGGCAACAGACAUCCCCACUACUAUCCCCGGUGGCGUUCCUGGUGAUGCUUCUGGCACUGUUACCAACCCUGAGGUUUCUAGCCUAUCUGGUACUGCUACAGUGCCAGGAGAAUCUGAAGUCACAGACAGUCCCAUUGGUAUCUCUGAAGGCAUUUCUGAUGGCCCAUCUGCAACUGGUACAGUACCAGGGGAGGGUGACACCACUGCUCCUGGUGGGGGUCCUGGUGAAGCUUCUGACACGUCUUUCUCAGUCGGUGAUUCCAACCCAACUGGAGUUGCCACAGAUGGAACUAGCGACAGUGGCCCAGCUCCCUCGAAUGACUCUACCAAUACAUUGGGUUCACCAGAAGAGACUAUCUCUUCUCCUAGCAACCCCGCUACUGGUACCGAGCAAGGUCAAGACACUGCCACACAGACCGGCUCAGCUCCUGGUACGGAUGAAGCACCAACUGGUACCGAAACAUCAAUUGCUGGCCCUGGCCAGCCUGCCACCACUGCUCCCGGAAACACCAUUUCAGAUGACCAGGGCACUUUGACCCAGAGCAACGGGGACGAGUUCACAUCCGCCGUCUCUGGAGACGUUACCGGUGCUGUCACAACAGAUGCAAAUGGUGCGCCCACUACUCUUACUGAGAACCAAGACCAGACUACUGGAUUCUCAGAGCAGUCAACUGGUGUCCCUAGCGAUCAGAACUCAGAUAGUAACACCACUGAAACAUCUCCGGGCCAAGAAGAUUCCUCAGCCGCCAGCACCACUGAUGCAAAUGUUGCUCAAUCAACAACUGAAGGAGACGACGCUACCACCAACCAUGUUCCUGACAACACCGAUGUCGUAUCCACUGGAUCUUCUGAAGCCAACAACGGUGCUACUACCACUGAAUCCGGACCCAUUGAGACAACAGACUCGAAUGACGUGCCAUCGACAACGGUACCUGGUCCAUUCGCUACUGCCAACCCAAUCACCACCGCUGCUACAACUGCAACUGAUAUGCCAGUCGUAACGGAAGCUCCACCUGGUUUCAAUCCCAGCACUGUUAGCGAUCACCCUGAAUGGACUUCCAACACUUGGAUCACCACUACUUCAGAGGGUUCUGACCCAACUGUUGUCCCAGUCCUCGUAGGUUGUGAUGACUGUGGUGGAAGUGGCUCUGGAAUUAUUCUCUGGGGCUUUCCUCCUGUUCCUAACACUUGGUUCCAGCUCCCUGGUCUGCCCAAGUUUUCUUUCCCUUGCAUCCCUCCUGCUUCCGGUUGCACAUCAACUCCCGUUACUGAAGAGAGUGGAGAGGAUGGCGAUGAAGAUGAAGACAAAUCUUCUGUAACAACCUGCACUGAUAAGGUCAAUGUUACCGAUUGCUUUGUUGCUUGUACAACGUAUACUGGCCCAGCAGGAGAAACUGUCACUCCGGAGUGUCAAACAACCUGUACUAGAACACAGACAGGAUGUAGUGUCACUGGCACAACCACGACAUCUUCUGCUGAAGCGUGCGGACCCUCUGGAGACAGCGAGUGUACCUCAUGCAGUGUUGACCUUACCGCCAACGAUGAUUCUGAGUCAUUGGAACGAAGAGCUCUUGAGCGAAGAGGCGAAGUGGACAUCAAGAAUGACAUUGCAGGCUGCGAUUGGUCUGGAAGCACAGUUGGUUCACCAAGAUUCCCAGCAUACCCAGGUGGAAACCGCGUUCUGAAGAACGAGGCUGCGAUUGUAGCUCAGAAUUCUCCUUUGAACCAGAUCAAGCGAUGGUGGCGAAUGACACGCGACAACAAUUGUGUGCCGUCCCUCAACAACAUUGACGAGGCUCAGUAUCCAAAGAACCUGCCAAACAUCGAAGGUCCUUCCAUUGAUCACGUCUAUGAGAAGAGUAUGCUCUUGGACUUCUGGAGGUUUAUCAUUGAUCCAGCUGCUCCUGCUGUCGUUGGAAUGACGGCUGGUACACCUAACAAAAUCAACUGUAAUGACAUCAAGUCCUAUGGUGGUAUCAACUCCGGUACAAACCUGAUCCAAAAGGUUUUUGACACUUACCCCGGUAGCCAAGACGUUAUCAUGCCCACCGACGCCCAGUUCAUGGAUGACUUUAUUGGUAUGGAUCAGUGGACCAACGGUAAUGCAAAGGCCCAGAUUACGGAUCCUCAGGGCACCAAGGACCAGGCCGACAAGAAGACCACCAAUGGCAAAGCGGUGAAGGCUAAAACCAGCGUCGACAACGCGAAGAGGUGGAUCAAGGAUAAGUUGCUCUUCCUCGAGGCAUUAGCAAUUGGUGUCGAAAUGUUCAAUGUCCAAGAGGCCAAGGAUGCUCUCAUUCGACAAAAUCUCCGCAUUUACCAAGCUCUUGUAGAUAUGGAUGAGAAUGCGAAGAACUGCAUGAAGGAUGAUGCCGUUAUCAAGGGUGUCUGGUCAUUCGCCGACAAGUACCAGGCCUUCAUGGCUGACAGGUUCACUGGCAAUCAGCCUCACUCCAUGAACCAGGGUGUGGUUUAUGCCAAGAACAAGCUUCUCACUGUAUUGGCAACGGAUGUUGCCAAUGCUGCCAAGAUCAAGAACAUUCCUGCGGGUGAACUUACCUCUUGGCAAAAGAGGUUGGCCAACAUGCAAGAUGCAAACCGCGCUUGGGAAGUGUCAAUCAGUUUCGUUUGGGCUGGUCCGACUACAUCCAAGAGAGAUACCGAUGGUCUCUCUUGUGACCGUCCCAACCCAUCCUUGACUACUGAGUCGACCACUGAGCCGACCACCGACUCUACCACAUUUGCGACAUCCGUGAGAACAUCAUCCGACAUCACGACUACCUCCGAAGAAGACGUACCUUCUACAACAGAGCAGGCCACUACCUCAAACAACCCGCCUCCUUUGACGGAUUUCCCGACUCUCACCCAGCAAGUCCCCGAUGCCACCAUCUCUACCCCCGAUGGUAGCUCAUGUGCUGAGACCGCUACUGUCACCAACUGUAAUGUUGGUAUCGGAGGAGGUCAUGACGGACCUGCUUGUGUAGAGAGGGAGACUUGCAACUCAUGGGUCAACACUAAGACCACGAGUACCACUCCCACACCUACGCCGACUCUCAUAAAGCCCGAUCCCGGCCAGAAUGAGAAGCACUGUUACGACUCUGGCCAGAAGUCUAAUUAUGAGGCUAUCACCUACGCUGCUGAGUCGUUUUGUCGUGAUGUGGUAAACGACCAGGUUCAAGGCCCAGUCUGGUCGAACUACAAGCUCGAGGGCAAGAAGGUACCUAGUACAGGUUACCACUUCAAGCUUGCUUUCCAAGUGUAUGAGGGAUGUAUAUGGACGGCGAAUUAUGAUGAGUGUAUGCGUUAUAUGAAGGUUCCCAUCGACAGUUGCGACUGCUCGGCUAAGGGCAACAAGCAGGGUGGCUGGGUUGAGAAUAACUGUAUUAUGGCCAGGAUCGAUCCCAACAGUGGUAUCUGA